CCUUACAUGUGUUACAAAUGGCGUGGGUAACGUCAAAAUGGAAUAUUGUCAAAAUUUUACUUAUCGUUUCCAUUUAUUUACUGAUAUCUAGAAAAUGUCAUAUAUUAGGAACUCAAGAUUCUUCAAAGGAAUAUGUGUUUUCACCAAAUGUAAUCCUGCAGGUGCUCGAACAAUCCUGUUUUAUAGGCAUCUCAAAAUCGGCACUUGACCGGGAAGAGAUUUCAAAUGUAUACUCGCUUAUAAAAAAGGCGUUUGCGGAUGAGGAUCUUGUUGUUAUUGGGCUUAUAAAUGCGGAACAUUUUGUUUGGCCAUCAGGAAAGUCAUUGAAGACCAAUGGCGGCAAUCCCAAUGCAAGUCCUGAAAUUUUGUCUUUCCCUAAAAGGGAAGUUGACAGGACAUGUUUAUCUACAGGAAAUUUGGCGAAACCAGACCCAGUGGCUGAAAGCUUUACGGGAAUUAAAACUGUAGAUAUACUUGUUGAAUUUAUUAAUCAAAAAUGUAAUACUUAUCGGACAAAACGUGGUUAUUUAUCUGUUGAAGGCCUUCAUCGACAAGAAAUCCUUAGUUCAUUAUUCAAAGUAAAAGAAAUAUCUGAAUAUGAUAUUAAAAAAUUGCUUACAGAAUCUGAUACUAGAAAAGGUCAAUACUGUAGCAAAAUUGACUGUAGAAGAGAAAUCAAUAAAAUUUCAUCUCUUGAAGAUUCAGAAAUGAGGUUAAAGGGUGAGAAAACAAAAGCUGGAUAUAUGAUAGCUUCUGCCGAUCUUGAACAUUUGCUCAAUUUCAAAGAUGAAGAGCUCAAUAUAGCAAAGUGUGAGCAUGCGCCUUUACCAUCCAAAGAUAAAUUCUUUCAUGAAUAUUUAAAAAGAUCAAAACCAGUAAUUUUCAAAAAUGCUAUAACUCAUUGGCCAGCAAUGAAAAAAUGGACAAAUGAAUAUUUUAGAACACAUUAUGGUGAUAGGUUAGUUCAUAUUAAGCUUACACCUCUAGGUAAACUAGAAGGUGUUGACUUUGCAUCCAAUUUUGAAAAUUAUAAUGACUUUAACAUUCCACCUGUAGUGAAAGAACAAUUACUAUUUCCAGAUUUAGUUGUUGUUCGACCUGCAGAAGCAAAUAUGAAUUUUUCAACAUUCAUAGAUACUUAUGAAUCUGUAGCCAAUGGGAGCAGGAGUAAAUUUUCAGCAUAUCUAGAGUACUCGUCCAUUUCUGACAUAAUGCCUGAGUUGCAAGAUGACAUAAUAGAGAUGCCUUUCAUGCAGAAAACACUUCGUUUAGAGCAUCUGAAUAUGUGGCUGAGUGACGGGAAUACACUAGGAAAGUUACAUUUUGAUCCUUUUGACAAUUUUCUCUGUCAGAUAAGUGGACGGAAGCAGGUGAUUAUGUUUGAGCCCCAUGACAACACAGCAUUAUAUGAGGCACAUAUCCCCGAGGCAAAGCUUACAUACAAUUCAACCAACAAUACAUUCCACAAAAAACGAUUGGUAGACACAUCAGCAAUGGUCAUGUCUCCAGUAGAUAUAAUUAAUCCAGAUCUUGAGAGAUUUCCAUUGUUUGGAAAAGUUCAUCCAUUGAACUGUACAAUAGAUGAAGGUGAUGUUUUAUUCAUGCCAGCAUUCUGGUGGCAUGAGGUACAGUCAUAUCCAAACUUAAAACAAGGACGAAACUUGGCUGUUAACUUCUGGUAUGAACCAUUUCUUCAGAAGGAAUUUCCAUGCCAAGACUGCAAGCUAGAUAUCCAUCCAAAAUAUAGACAUCUUCUAUAGUGAUCUAUAGAAACAAGUUCACAUCAGAUUUUGUAAAUAUCAUCCCAAAUAUCAUCCACAAAGCCAUGUUCACAUACAGAUGAUUAUUAUCCAGAAUAUUGCAUUAAUAUCUAUAAAUGUUCAU